UGCAGGCACAGGCAUGUGGCAAUUUAGGCUGAGCAUGAAAAAGGGGCAGGUAGGAGAAAUUUCCCUCGAGGCUUUGGGUAACCAUGAGUUUGAUGAAGGUGUGAGCGGAUUAUUGGAUCCUCUUCUUAAAAAUGCGAAUUUUACAGUCCUGAGUGCAAAUAUUAAAGGGAAAACUCCAUUAGCAAACGAAAUGAUGAGAUAUGUUCAUCCUUUUAAAAUAGUUCAUUUUGACUCAGAAUCAGUUGGAAUUGUUGGCUACACUACAAAGGAAACGUCUUUUCUUUCACAGCCAGGGGAUGAUGUAACCUUUGAAGACGAAAUUGAAGCACUGCAACUGCAAGUGAAUAAACUUACUGCUAUGGGAGUGAACAAAAUAAUUGCAUUAGGACAUUCUGGUUUUACCGUGGACCAAAAUAUUGCCCAAAAAGUGAAAGGAGUGGAUGUUGUGAUUGGAGGACAUACAAACACAUUUCUCUAUACAGGCACCCCACCCUCUACUGAAGUGCCAGCUGGCCCAUAUCCAUUCAUGGUUGAAUCAGAUGAUGGGAGGAAGGUGCCAGUUGUACAAGCUUAUGCUUAUGGAAAAUAUCUUGGUUACUUAAAUGUUACAUUUGACAAGAAAGGAAAUGUAGUUGAAGCAGUUGGAAACCCCAUUCUGCUGGACAGCAGUAUUCCUGAAGAUGAGCACAUUAAGGAAGAAGUGGAAAAAUGGAGAGAAAACCUGGGGAAUUUUUCUAAAGAGAUUGGAAAAACUAGUGUUUACUUGAAUGGUACAAGCCAAGCAUGCCGUUUCCAAGAAUGUAACAUGGGAAACUUGCUUUGUGAUGCUGUGCUCUAUGAGAAUGUUGGGAGUCCGGAUAAAAAGACAUGGAACCAUGUUUCAAUGUGCAUCCUGAAUGGAGGUGGGAUACGGUCACCCAUUGAUGAGCAAAGCACUAAUGGUAGCAUUACUGUGGAAGAUUUGCUGUCUGUUUUGCCAUUUGGAGGUCGUUUUGAUAUGGUGACAUUAAAAGGCUCCACACUGAAAGAAGCUUUUGAGCACAGUGUGAGGAGAUACGGAAAAGGAAGUGGAGAGCUGCUGCAGGUUGGAGGCAUCCACGUGGUCUAUGACCUCUCCAGAGCCCCAGGAAGCAGAGUUGUUAGUUUAGAAGUGCUUUGCACAGCCUGCCGAGUCCCAGCCUAUGUCCCACUCCAGAUGGAUGAAAUAUACAACGUGACUCUGCCCUCCUAUAUGUUAUUUGGAGGAGAUGGCUACAGUAUGCUGAAAGACAAGAAUUUGGGAUACAGUAAAGGUGAACCUGACAUUGAAGUUGUUUCCCGCUACCUCCAGAGAAUGAAGAGAGUUUACCCAGCAGUUGAAGGUCGAAUAAAAUUUUCUUCUGGAAGUCUUAUUGAAGCAAGUCUUUCCCUGAUCUCUGUAUUGUUCACUGUAACAUUCUUGCACACUUGAUUUUUUGUUUGGAGGAAAACAGGAGGCGAGAUGAUACUGAUGAAGCUGUGAGAGCUGUUCUCUUCUGAUACACCUUACAAUGAAUGAGCAGUGAGGUUGCUGCAUGUCAGCAGUGAGCAGCCCCCGGCAUUGUCUUUGACCUUGUGGUGCCACUGGAGCACUGUGUGCAGGGCAAGGGGACAGAAUCCAUGGCUUCUCUUGGUCAGAAUCAGCAGGUACCUCAAACUGAGGUCUCAAAAGCAAAGGUCCAGUGAAUACUUACUGCUCAAUCAUAAAACAAUGACAGACUGAAAUGAGGUAUUAUAAAUGGUCAAAUUCUUUUUACCUGUGAUAGACAGUGAACCUGAUUCCAGAUGUUAAUAAGCUUCUAGAAAUGGAUUUUUUAUAGAUGUAUAUUCCCUUCUUUGAUCUCCACUCAGGGUUAAGGUAUUCAGUC